UACAGAUGGUGCAUCCCAUGCAAACCUUUGUGCUGCAAAGGUGCAGCUUUAGGGUGCAUGGAGUUUUGCUCAUGGAGAGGCUCAGGUGCAGCUCCACCCCCAGCACCAAAUCUGGGGUUUGCAUUGCAGCAGGCGUUGCUCACUGCUGGAGCAUCCCAUGCAAACUCACUGUGCUGCAAAGCUGCAGCAUUGGGGUGCACAACAGCUCUAUCCCCAGUACCAAACACCAAAUCUGGGGUUUGCAUUGCAGCAGGCGUUGCACACUGAUGGAGGACCCCACGCAAACAUCUGUGUUGCAAAGGUGCAGCUUUGGGGCUCCCCACAGAGCAGCUCCUGUGGGUCUUACGGACGGGUUCACAAAUGGGAUUUGUGCCCCACCUCCCUCCGGGCUCCACGUGUGUGCAAAGCACUUUGCAACGCACUGCAGGCUGCCCCAUCCUGCACCAGCAAAGGGUUAAGCAGGAGGAAUUGCAGCUCUGUCAUCAUCAGGGGCAGUGGAACUGGAAAGGUGAGGCAGGAAGGGAACGCCCGGGCGAGGCCAAGGCUGCACUGCACUGCAUUACGCUGCACUGCACUGCAAGGAGCAGCACAUGGUGCCUGCAGCCCCACACGGCCGGCACGGUUGUGAAGGAGCCCUGAGGCCGAGCUCAGCCACGCCGAUGCCAUGGAGGGGGCUCUGCCCACGCUCCCCCCAGAGCUGAUAACGCCGGGGCUGAAGAAGUCUCACCCCCCAGCCCCCCACGAGGCAGCCAACACGGCCGUCAUCGCAGUGGUCAUCACGCUGGUGUUCCUCACUCUGCUGACGGUGCUGGUGGUCAUCGUCAUCUACCUGUACAGAAACAAGGGCAGCUACCUCACCUACGAGCAGCCAGUGGCCGAGGAGGAGGCGGCCGUGCAGAUGGAGGAUGAGCCAUCCAAGGAGAAAGAGGAAUAUUUCAUAUAGGGUCCAUCUCACGUCGCCUGAACCUCCUGAGUCCGAUCUCUGGCAGCUUUUCUUUUCUUUUUCUCUGUAAUUUAUUAAUUAAGGCAGACGAAGGUGAAGGCCAGGCAUGCUGCUGCCUGCCUGCAGCUCCGCGCCCCAUCCCCUCCCUAGGGUGAAUUCAAUACAGCCCAGUGACAAACGCUGCAAGAAUUGCUGUUGUUCUGCCUUAUCUCGCCACACAAUCGAGCGAUUCUGCUCUGGGUUUAGCAGCAGGGUCAUUAGCAUGGCGGGCUCAUUAGCGUGGCUAAUUGGGAGGCGAAUCACAGAGUCACAGCACGGUGGGGUUGGAAGGGAGCUCCAGGAUCACGGAGCUCCAACCCCCCUGUGCCAUGCAGGGCCACCAACCUCCACGUUUCACAGCAGCCCAGGCUGCCCAGGGCCCCAUCCAACCUGGCCUCCAACACCUCCAGGGAUGGACGGGGCAUCGCAGCCUCUCUGGGCAGCUGUUCAGCCCCUCACCGCUCUCACAGCACACAACUUCCCUGACAUCCAACCUCCAUCUGCCCUCCCUCAACUUCAUUUCCCCUCGUCCUGCUCUCAUCUCCCCUUGCACAGAGCUGCCUCCCCUCCUGGCUGCAGGCUCCCUUCAGGCACUGCAGGCUGCACUCAGCUCACCCUCAGCUUCUCUUCUCCAUGCUGAACGAGCCCAGCUCCCUCAGCCUGGCUUUGCAGGGCGGUGCUGCAGCCCCUGCUCAUCUCCAGCUCCUCUGGACCCUCUCCAGCAGCUCCCUGCCUUUCUGUCAGUGUCCCCUCUGUGUCCCCUUCAUUUCUCAUGACGCUCUGUCCUUCUCACCUCAAUCUCUGUGUGUGUCCCCACAUCUGUGUCCCCACAUCUGGUCCCCAUCUCCCCAGCCUGCGGCUCUGUGUCCCCCUCACCGCAAACCUUCUCAGUGUCCCCUGUGACCCCAAUCUCCCCCCAUCACCCCCAAGGGUUUCCCCUCCUUUCCCCGUGGCACCGUGUCCCCAUCCCCCCAAUCUCCGUGUCCCUUCCUUGUCCCCACAUCUGUCUCCACGUGACCCCAAACUCUGUGUCCCCUGUUUCCCCAUUUCCCCACGCUGUGGCACUGUGUCCCCACCCCCCAACCUCGGUGUCCCCACAUCUGUGUCCCUGUGACCCCAAACUCUGCGUCCCCUCUGUUUCCCCAUUUCCCCAGUCUGUGGCUCUGUGUCCCCAUCACUCAGUUCUGGCACUGUCCCCUUUGUGCCCCCAUCACCCCAAACUCUCACAGAGCAGAGCAGAGGGGGACGAUCGCCUCCCUGUCCCUGCUGCCACCCCUCUGCUGCUGGAGCCCAGGAUCCCAUUUGCUUUCCGAGCUGCAGUCACACACUGCUGGCUCACGUUCAGCUUCUCAUCCCUCGGGACCCCCAGGUCCUUCUGUGCAGGGCUGCUCUCAAGGAUCUCCUUCCAUCUCUAUGGAUGCCGCCAUUCCUCCGGCCCAAGUGCCAAACUCUGCCCUUGGCCGUGCUGAACCUCAUCAGCUUCACCCUGCCCACCUUCCCAGCCUCCCGAGGUCCCUCUGGACGGCAUCCCUUCCUUCCAGCCGCUCAGCUGGGUGCCGUCAGCAAACCUCCUUCCCAUCACGCCCCAAACUGAAGCCAAAGCAGGAGGAAGUUUGCGAAACUGGCAGCAGAGGGGAAGAGCUUCAGCAGCGCCGCAGCAUGGGAUGGGAGGAAGCCACGCAG